AGUCGACAACAAAAUUAUUUGUUUUGCAAUGUGAUAUUUGCAACUUAAUUAUUCGAUAAUAUAAAAGUUUUUGAAUAACAUGUUUAAAUCGAAGGAAAAGAAAGUUAAUUCGACAAAAGAUACAAAAACUACUUCAGGCGUCACAAGUACGCAGAAAUAUAAUACAAUCAGUAUUCAAAAUAGUAGGACUAUAAAUUACUCUUCGUAUUAUAGCGUAACCCAAACAAAUUCGACAUCGUCAAGUUCAAGUCUUUUAAGAACAUCUGCUCUACAUUCAUCACCCAAUUUAAGCGAUUUAUCCACAGGAUUUGUCAAAUCAAAUAUCAAACCUAGGGCUAUAUCAGUUUUUGAAACUGACGCCGUACCAUUAGUACAACCCCCAAAUUUAUCCAAGAUAGUAAAUAAUUACCAAAGUCCUUUUGCAAGGCAACUUACACAGUACAGCAGUACCAGACUUUCCUCUCUGCAACCAACUACCCCACACAAUAAUGCUGUUAAUUCCGUUGUUCCGACUUAUACUACGAAUAGCAAAAAUAAAGGAAAAGUACUUAUAAUCAACAAUAUAAAUUUUGUUAAUAGUCAAGAACGUAAAGGAGCUAAAGUAGAUGAAAAGGAAAUUUCCAAUCUGUUUAAGGAAAUGGGUUUUGAUGUUUUAAUCCAUAGGAAUUUAAAAACUUUAGAAAUGAAACAUAAAAUAAAAAAAUUCAGUAGCGAUAAAAGUUUGUCAAAAGUAAGUAUCUCCGUUGUAGUGAUAAUGAGUCAUGGUACGAAUGCUAUCAAUAAACAACAGAUACCGGGUAGUUACACCCUGGUAUGUGGAAUAGAUGAUGGCGGCGUUGAAAUUGAUGAAAUAGUAGCGGAGUUUUCAGGGGAAAAAUGUUCCGCAAUGAAGGGAAAACCGAAAUUAUUUUUUUUCCAAUGUUGCAGGGGGAAAAAAACCGAAUUAAAAGUUGAUGCGGUUCCUAUUAAACCAGUAGUAAAAGCGCAUGCUGAUGUACUUAUUGCAUAUUCUACAUUACCAGGAUUUUAUUCAGUGAGGGAUGAAGAAAAAGGCACUUGGUACAUUCAAAGCAUCUGUGAUGUUUUUAGAAAACACUAUAAGGAUUUCGACGUCGAAACUCUCCUUAAAAUAGUCGACGAACAGCUUUCUAAAAAGCACCCCGAAUAUGUUCAGACAUCCGUAUACGAAUCCAGAGGUUUUAAACGAUGUUUCUUAUACCCUCGAUAA